ACUGUAUCAUCAUCAUCAUCAUCAUCAUGAGCUUGAACUCACUCUCUCUCAUCCUUCUUCCCCGCGCACUGUAGUCUCUUUCUCUCUCUCUUCUCUGAGAAUGUCUUCGACAACAAUCGGCGAGCACAUCAGACUCCGACGAGCUAGGAACCAAACAAUCCGUCUCCGUCACCUGGACGCCGCCGAAGAUGAUCCGCCGCUGAGCCAUGUCGUUCUUCCGAUUUCUCAGCCUAAUAGCUUCUGUAACUCCGCAAUGUCUUCCUUCUUUCUCCUCCCGGCUUCAUCCUCCAACGAAGCCACCAAGAAGAAACCGUACCAAACGGCAUCGUUUCGAGGGAUGGGAUGCACUGCCGCUCAGCAAGUUUCUGUACCUUCCGUGAUUCGCUCCUCCGCGGAUUGGGAUGCCAGAGUUAGAAAAGACAAGAAGAAGCAUAAGAAGAAGAGUAAGAAGAACAUCUACGAAGAUGGUUCGAUUAGGAUUUUAAGCGAGGCUAGAGACGUCGUUGAUGGUGGUUGCGUCUCGGUUCCUGAUGUUUGGUGCGGACCUGGAUUAGGGUUCUCGACGGAUGCUGUUGUUGAUCGAUCCGUCGACCCUCCUCGGAGAAGGCAUCUUCCGUCGUCUCGUCGCAAAAUUGAUGUGGAUAACAACUUUUUUAACCACACUACUGAGGGUUCUUCUGUUCUUCUGACAUCAUCACGCGCUGAACCAACACUGUUAUCAAGUAGAUGUCGUAGCCAACUUCAACGCUCUUACCCUGAUGAUCUUACCGAGAUGAUGAUGCUCCAGAAUGGUUUUGUCAUGGGAAGAAUAUCAGAUUUGCGUGAUCACUACCACGAAUUGAGGCUCGAUGUUGAUAACAUGUCAUACGAGCAACUUCUUGAGCUUGGUGAUAGGAUUGGUUAUGUGAAUACUGGACUUAAAGAAAGCGAGAUACAUCGUUGUCUUGGGAAAAUCAAACCUUCCAUAUCACAUACUCUUGCUGACAGAAAAUGCAGCAUCUGUCAGGAUGAGUAUGAGAGAGAGGAUGAGGUUGGAAAAUUGAACUGUGAACACAAUUUUCAUGUCCAUUGCGUGAAACAAUGGCUAUUGAGGAAGAAUGCUUGUCCUGUCUGUAAGAAGACAGCAUACUUCAAGUCAUAAGAGUUAAGAGAGAGUUGUAUCUCUUGUCUGGUUUAUGAUACCUCAAGAUCUUUCAUUUAAGCUAUCUCCCUGUAUAGAUCUGAAUCAUCUGAUGCUGUAUUCAUAUUUGUUUUGUUUUUGGAUUUAGCAAUCAUCACAAUUAUGUUUUUACUGUGUUUCUCAAUCUUAUUAUUUUGUUGAGUCUAUUUAUGACUAUGUGAUUGAAAUACUACUUUUACAACACUUGUAAGAAGAACAAGAGUUUGAAACUA